UACGUAGUUACUCUCCCAAAUAUCAUUUUGAAAACUAUGUGGAAAGUAGAAAGCGUACAUCAUAGCUUUCAAAAAAAAAAACCAGGAUCAUGAUUUUUACUCAAAACUGUAGCACACAACUGUGUCCAAAUUAUGUUCUUAUUUCUUCACCCAAAUUCUUCUAGGGUAUCCCCAAACAAUAAUUUUUCUAUACUUCUCAAACCGACAGAACUGAAAAAUUUACUUAAAACAAUACUCAUAAAAUUGAUUUAUCAAAAGUUUUGUUGUUUUGUUUACCCUCUAAAACUCCCACUCUUCAUUGAUUAGUUCAAAGAAAAAAAAUAUUCAACAUGUUUCGUCAUAUGACACUUCAUUCUUUUAUGAAUGAACAUAAAACCAUAUAAGUUCAAAAUCCCGUAAACAAUGAUCGGAGUAAUCACAAUACAUGACAGUAAGGAGGAUUGAAGUGUUUCGACAUAACACCUCAGCACGGAUUAGCCUCCGAAUCUUAUAAGUCUUUGAAGAUACCGUGUUGAUCGACCAGAACACCCCAACUCUACUGUAGUAGUUAUUUUCUUAGGCCCAUAAGCCCGUUAAGGCUCCUGUUCUUGGUUCUUCUUCACUCCAAAGAGUCCAAAGCAGCAGAAAAACAAUGGCGCUGAGAUACCUCACCAAUUUCAUAGCAUCGGAGGCCUUCAAAACCGCCGGCAGAGAACUACGCGACGGCGUUCCUCGCCUGGUUAAGUUCGUCUGCUGCCUCAAACUCACCAACACCUACCUCUUCACCGUCGUUCUGACUUACGGCCCAAGCAUGCUCCCGACGUUCGGCCUCGCCGGAAACUUGUCCUUGGCGGAACGCGUCUCGACCCGGUUCGAGAAAUUGGGGGUGGGUGAUAUUGUUCUGCUACGAUCGCCUGAGGUUCCGAAGAAGAUUGUGACGAAGCGAUUGGUGGCCAUGGAGGGUCAGUCUGUUAGUUACAUUGUUGACCCUAAGAACAGUGAUAGGGUUGAGACUGUUGUGGUUCCGAAAGGGCAUGUUUGGGUGCAGGGAGAUAAUAUCUAUGAUUCGAAUGAUUCGAGGAAGUUUGGGCCUGUUCCUUAUGGUCUUUUACAAGGCAGAGUCUUUUGGAGGUUUUGGCCACCUAAAGAUUUUGGAUCAUUGGCGCAAAGCAAAGGGAAGGCUCCUGUCUCAUGAGGUACAUUAUUGAGCAUGUACUGUUAGUGCCCUCUUUGAAUAUGUUCUUGAUUGUGUGAUAUGCUUGUGUAAUGGAACUAGAAAAUCUUGUUUCCUUGAGGUUGGAAAAACUUGUUUUGAGACGCUGUCGGUCAUGGGGUGUAUAGAAGCUUGUUGUAGCAUGCUUUUGUUGUUGUUGUAAAGAAGUAUUUUAACUCUGAGACUUCAUGUGCAUGACUAGUGAAAUGAAACCUGCAUUCCCCAGUAGCAUUAUUUUCAAUAUCCAUGGCUUAGUUUUCAUUUUCUCAUAAGAUGCAUGCACUUUUUUUUUCAUUACAGCAUAUUUUCUUGUUGAAUCUGCUGUCAGUUACGUUUACCAUAAUACUUUGUCUCACACUCUACAAAAAGAUAGUCAAUCCCCAGUCCUUGUUUACAAAACCUUCUGCUGUGAUUGUCUUAUACAUCUUGUUAAAUUUUCGAUCAACAAUUCCUUACCAAUUCUGUGGUCGAAUCUGUAAAAUAUCCAUCAACUUAUGUUCAUUUCUCCCUUGAAGGUAUAUUUGGUGAAUUUGUUCAACUGAAUAUUCACAGGAUUGACUUUCAAUUGAAGUGGUCUCUGAAGUUGAGGAACCAAGACUGGAAUCAUGGGAAAAGAGUUCAUAUUUUCAAACGGAUUGAGAUAUGGGCGACUGAUGGAGUCAACCUACUAGGCUUUGCACCAGAAACUUGCUGAGGAUUCAUUCUACGUCCUAAUUUUGCAAGUGAGAGAUUGAAGUUCCGAUCUCCAGCUUUG